AUGUCUAAGAUCCUCCGCAGCAAUCCACUUGCUCGCAACAGCCGUCGUGCGUUCCCUUCAGGAGUAGCACAAAGGCGAUUGGUGUCAACCGCCUACAAGCUUCCACCGUCAUACAACGAACCCAAUCUUCAUUACCGUACUGCUUCUCCAGAGAGGGAAAAGCUGGUUACUGCUUUGAGCAAACUGAGAGAGCAACUGCCAAUCUCAGUGCCAACAGUGAAGAAUGGCAAGGAGAUCGCAAGCAAGGAUGAGCAACACACAUUGAUGCCAUCCGAGAUUGCAACACAAUUUGCCAAAUACUCUCCCGCCACCAAACAGGACGUCGAGGCCGCCAUCGCCGCCGCAUUGGAAGCCAAACAAUCAUGGGCCGAAACUUCCUUCCACGACCGCGCUGCCAUCUUCCUCCGCGCUGCAGAUCUGGUUUCGAACAAGUACCGUUAUGAACUCAUGGCUGCCACUAUGCUCGGUCAGGGCAAAAAUGCCUGGCAGGCUGAAAUCGACGCUGCCGCAGAAUUGGCCGAUUUCUACAGAUUCAACGUCGGGUUCGCCGAGGAGAUCUAUACCAGACAGCCUACUCUUCAUGCUCAAGGUCAAGCUGGCAAGACUGAUUGGCGCCCUCUGGAAGGAUUCGUGUAUGCUGUUUCGCCAUUCAACUUCACUGCCAUCGGAGGUAACCUGAUCUCCGGGCCUGCUCUAAUGGGUAACGUCGUGCUGUGGAAGCCAUCACCUGGAAACAUCUACUCUAGCUACUUGGUCCACAAGAUCCUUCUCGAAGCUGGCCUUCCUCCAGGUGUUAUCCAACUCGUCAACGGUGACGCCGAAAUGAUCACGGAUGUCGUGUACGAGCACCGCGAGUUCGCCGCAUUGAACUUCACCGGUUCAUCAGAUGUAUUCCGCGAGCUGUACGCUAGAGCAGGCGAAGGCGUACGAACGAAAAAGUACCGCGAUUACCCUAGAAUGGUAGCCGAGACUUCUGGCAAGAACUUCCACAUCGUGCACAACACUGCAGAUAUCCCGAAUGCGGUCAAGCAUACUAUCAGAGCUUCAUUCGAGUAUGCCGGUCAAAAGUGCUCGGCUUGCUCGCGUAUCUACAUCCCUGAGAGCCGUGCCGAGGAAUUUUGGAAGGAGAUGAAGGAUAGCUUGAGUCCUGUCAAGGUCGGAGCUCCCGAGGACUUCAGCAGCUUUACCGGUCCAGUCAUCAACGACAAGGCUUUCAAGAAAAUCACUACCGCCAUUGACUCGGCAAAUAAGGACAGCCAACUUGAGAAGAUUGUUGGUGGUACCUACGAUGGCAGCAAGGGGCUGUUCAUUGAACCCACAAUCUACUCUGCCAAGACCCUCGACCACCCUCUCUUCGAUCAAGAGCUGUUCGGUCCAGUGUUAGUAGCUUACGUCUACCCCGAUGCCGAAUACGACGCUCUGCUCGAGAAGAUCGACACCCAAGGAGGCGGUCUGGCUCUGACCGGCGCAAUCUUCGCCAGUGAUCAGAAGGUCAUCCGCAAGACAGAGGACCGCUUGCGCUAUGCUGCAGGAAACUUCUACACCAACUGCAAGACUACAGGAGCGGUGAUCGGACAACAAUCAUUCGGAGGUGCAAGAGGUAGCGGAACAAACGACAAGGCCGGAAGUGCUGGUAUGCUCAUGAGAUUUGUCGCCCCCAGGACGUUGAAGGAAGAGUACCACAAGUUGGAAGAUGUCUUGUAUCCCCACAACUACUGA